AUGGGAAGUUCUACCGCACCCACCUUACCCACCGUACUUGGCCCGGACCUAGCCCCGACCGACUACCACCUCUUCCGAUCGCUUCAGCAUCACCUGGAAGAGAAGCGCUACGAUGAUCGUGACCACCUCGAAAAUGACCUUUAUGCUUUCUUCGCCUCCAUGUCGCCGGAGCUCUACGCCAAAGGAAUCCGCGAUCUUGUGAGACGUUGGCAGAAGGUUGUCGAUGUUGAUCGAGAUUAUUUCGUCGAAUAA